UUCUUCCCAAGCAUUUACGCAAAUAUUAUUUGAAUGAUUUAAUAUUAUUAGAAUAUCAGUAAUUAGGAGAGAAAUCAAUCGAAUGAGAAAACAUAGUUUACAUUGAAAGUAUCUUGGAGCAUAACAACAUUGAAGAUUUAAGAAAUUGGAAAAAAAUUAAAUUUUGUUAAAGAAAAUAAAUUUUCUAAACCAUAAUGUCUUAUCAUAGCGGUUGUAACUCAGACGUUGAUGAAAGCAAUUACUCAAGUAAUAAUUCAAAUAUGUUCUACUUUGGUCAGGAUGAUUCAGAAGAUGAAACCUCUCAUAAGGUCAUUGUAGGUGUGUGUGCUAUGGAGAAAAAGUCUCAAAGCAAGCCAAUGAAGGAAAUUCUUAUGAGACUUCAGGAAUUUGAGUUCAUCAAAAUAUAUGUGUUCCCAGAAAGUGUCAUAUUGUCAGAAGAUAUUGAAAAUUGGUUUAUCGUUGAUUGUUUAAUAAGUUUUCACUCGAAAGGAUUUCCAUUAGAGAAAGCAAUAAAAUAUGCUCAAUUGCGUAAUUGUUAUGUGCUGAAUAAUCUCAUGAUGCAAUAUGACAUACAAGACAGAAGGAAAGUUUAUGCAAUCUUAGAUCAUGAAGGUAUCGAGAUCCCCAGAUAUGCCGUUCUCGAUCGAGAUUCUUCCGAUCCAAAGCAACACGAAUUAGUUGAAUCUGAAGAUCAUGUAGAAGUGAAUGGAAUCAUAUUCAAUAAGCCAUUUGUUGAGAAGCCUGUUUCAGCUGAAGAUCACAACAUUUACAUUUAUUAUCCAACAUCGGCUGGUGGCGGCUCUCAAAGAUUGUUCCGCAAGAUUGGCAGUCGCAGUAGCGUUUAUUCACCAGAAUCACGUGUUGGCCCCGAUUACGCUCAUGCAGAAGCUCGCAAAAGUCCCGCUUUAGAUGGCAAAGUUGAGAGAGAUAGCGAAGGAAAAGAAAUUCGCUAUCCUGUGAUUUUAUCAAAUGCUGAAAAAUUAAUAUCAAGAAAAGUUUGUAUGGCAUUUAAACAAACAGUUUGUGGUUUUGAUCUUUUAAGAGCAAAUGGUAAAUCCUAUGUAUGUGAUGUUAAUGGAUUUAGUUUUGUUAAAAAUAGCAACAAAUAUUAUGACGACACAAGUCAAAUACUUGGAAACAUGAUUCUAAGAAAUCUUGCACCAAAAAUGCAUAUUCCUUGGUCAGUUCCUUUCCAACUUGAUGAUCCACCAAUAGUACCAACAACGUUUGGAAAAAUGAUGGAAUUGCGAUGUGUUACGGCUGUGAUAAGACAUGGAGAUAGAACACCGAAGCAGAAGAUGAAAGUUGAAGUGAGACAUCAGAAGUUUUUUGAGAUAUUUGAGAAAUACGAUGGAUACAAGAAGUUAUCAAUUAAAUUGAAAAGACCAAAACAACUUCAAGAGAUUCUCGAUAUAUCUCGAUACUUGCUGAACGAGAUUCAACUAAAUCCUGGAAGUGAUAGAGAGAUUGAAGAAAAGCAGGGAAAGUUGGAGCAGUUGAGAGCAGUUCUGGAAAUGUACGGUCAUUUUUCUGGAAUAAAUCGAAAAGUUCAAAUGAAAUAUCAACCGAAUGGAAAGCCGAAAAGUUCAAGUUCUGAUGAAGACACAAGAAACGAUCCAUCUCUUGUGUUAAUUCUUAAAUGGGGUGGGGAAUUAACACCUGCUGGUCGGGUGCAAGCUGAAGAACUUGGAAGAAUGUUUCGUUGUAUGUAUCCAGGAGGUGGCACUCAUGGUGAUGAUGAUACCACUGGCUUAGGUUUACUUCGUUUGCAUUCAACAUUUCGACAUGACCUGAAGAUUUAUGCUAGUGACGAAGGACGAGUUCAAAUGACGGCGGCUGCAUUCGCCAAGGGUUUAUUAGCAUUGGAAGGCGAACUUACUCCAAUUUUAGUACAAAUGGUAAAAAGUGCAAACACAAAUGGGCUUUUAGAUAACGAUUGCGAAUCUUCAAAGUAUCAAAAUUUGGCAAAACAGAAACUUCACGACUUGAUGCAAUUGGAUCGUGAUUUUUCAAUAGAAGAUCGUGCAGCUUUAAAUCCUUGUAAUUCAACGAGCAUCAAUCAAGCACUUGAUUACGUGAAAAAUCCAUUUGCUUGUUGUCGCAUUGUAACUGAAUUAAUUAAAGGACUUGUUGAAUUAGUAAAUAUUAAGAAAGAUGAUCCAAAAACAAAAGACAAUGUUUUGUAUCAUGGCGAGACUUGGGAGUUGAUGGGACGUCGUUGGGGAAAGAUUGAGAAAGAUUUUUACAAUAAAUCUAAUGGAGUUUUUGAUAUAUCUAAAAUUCCUGAAAUUUAUGAUGCUAUAAAGUUUGAUUUCUGUCACAACCAGCAUUCGUUGCAGUUUAAUGAGGCUGAGAAACUUUAUGUUUAUGCAAAGAAUUUAGCAGAUAUUGUAAUACCUCAAGAAUAUGGUUUGACAAUGGAAGAGAAAUUGGCAAUUGGAACGGGAAUUUGUACACCAUUACUAAGAAAGAUUCGAGCUGACUUGCAAAGGAAUAUUGAGGAGCCUGAAGAAAAUGUUAACAGAUUAAAUCCUCGUUACUCUCAUGGGGUGUCAUCACCAGGACGACAUGUCAGAACCAGACUUUAUUUCACAAGUGAAUCCCAUGUUCACUCACUUUUAACAGUUUUGCGGCAUGGGGGUCUUUUACCUUUAAACGAUCAACAAUGGAGACGUGCCAUGGAGUAUGUCAGUAUGGUAUCUGAACUAAAUUACAUGAGUCAAAUUGUUGUGAUGCUGUACGAAGAUCCAACUAAAGACGUUUCAUCGGAAGAACGAUUUCAUGUUGAACUUCAUUUUUCACCUGGAGUUAAUUGUUGUAUAAAUAAGAAUUUACCUCCAGGACCGGGUUUCCGUCCAAAUGCUCAAUCUAAAAACCCUUCUGAUGAAGAUGAUACAUUUGUGAGCAAGAUCGAAGAAGAACAUGAUGAACUUUGCAGCAUGAGCGAAAAGAAGCGUCCGCCGAAAAUUUCAAAUCCAAUUCAUAUUUCACAUCACACAGUUUCUGGGCAUGAGGCUAUGAACUUAGCAAAAAGAUUGACUCAAGAGCUUUCAACAAAAACUGGUCAAAGUGGAUCAGAAGAGACUGCUUUGAAUCUACCACGUGCUAUAAGUCCCGAAUGUGAGACAAUUUCAAGAUCAUUUGAGAAGAAAGAUUCAACGCGCGCCAGACAACAUCGACACAGUUUAUGUCAGCAAAUGAACUCUUUCAAAUUCCAAAAUAAGCAUAUCAGAUCUAGCAGCAGCUUUAUAUUCUCGACUGCGGUAAUAAGUGGAAGUAAUUCAGCUCCAAAUCUAAGCGAGAUGAUGAUAACGAACACAACAACACCGGCAGGAAUCUUCGGAUCGCCUCCAAUUCGACCACUUGAAACUUUACACAACGCGUUAUCGUUGAAGCAACUGGAUGGAUUUUUGGAGCGAAUGACAAACUUCAUGCCAGCAAAUCGGUCUGGACACUAUGAUCGACAAAUGUCAAUACAGGAUUAAUAACAACAGAAACAAUGUUUUUAUUUUUGUGAAUUUCAAAACGGUAGAGUGAAAAAUUUAUUUCCAAUUUUAUUUUAUUGUCAAUAAAAAAAUAUAAAGAAAAAAAAGGAAAUUUUUUAAGUUUCAUAAAUAUUCGGUAAAACUUAGACUUAAAUGUUCAUCAUUCUCUUCAACAGCUUUUUUCAACUUCAUGUCACGAUCAAUUGAGAUAACUUUCAUUUUAUCUUUUAUAGAAUAAUUGAAAAAUAUUUCAUGGAACUUAAGUAAGUCAGUUUGUAGUUGUUGGAAAAGUUUCAGAAGAUUGUUUUGCAUUGGACUUUCUUCUUCGUCUCGAUUUUGCAAAUCCACAACAAGAUGAAGAGUUUCUUUAAUAUUUCUAAUAUGAUCUUGGACGUAAAGAGUUUGCAUUAAUCUUCUCGUCAAAUAGCCACGCGUAUAAGCGUUGAUGAUGUUUGCUGCUUCAAUCUUAACAUCGUUUUCAUUUGUGAUUGUUUUCUCUUCAAGACUACUUUGAGUUUGUAGACAUGUUUUAAAAUUAGUAAAUUCCUCGUCAUCAGUACAAGUCAUCAAUGAAUUGUUUUCCAUAGGAGUGGAAGUAACUGGAAUCAUAUCAGUUUGUAGUUUCAACAAAAGUUGCUGUUGUUCACUUUUGAACUUGUUCUUCAAAACUUCCAUUGCUUGUAAAUAUUCUCGCUUUUGUUUAUCGAUGAGAUCUCUCAGUUGAUUAUUUACUUCCGCUUCUAUGGAUUCAAAAGCAGACGAAGCUGGAGUUCCAGAUCUUUUGUCAAUCUCAUUUUGUAAAUCUUUGGAAGUUUUAAGACUUAUUAAGUCUGUAUCUUCUGUCAUGAGCGAUAUCUGACCAUCAACAACUGUAUCCUUAUCAGAUUCUGAGGAUUCGAUGUUUAUUUGAGGUAGAAUAGUUGACGCAAAAAUUGGAGAAUUUAAGAUGUAAGAUCCUCUUCUUGGCCCCAUUGAUCCUAAUCGAGAAUCAAUUUGAUGAUCAUCAUUAUUGUUCUGUUUUUCUGCAUUCUGACGAUCUUUAAUUUCUUUUCUUUCAAGCCAUUUCUUUUCUUUUGUUUUUACAAUUUCACGAAUAUUUUUAAUUUCAUCCCUCAACUUUUGAUCACUUACAAUUGGAGGCAUGAUAGGAAUAUUAUU